CGACAUGAGCUCGAGGAAGAUACAGGCGUAGCGACCAGUGCAGAAUUUGAACCCACCAUGAUGGAUUACUGGACUGCAUCCAUGUGGGUCGGCACAACUUAUGUGUCGUGCACCUGAGCAUGGAUGCAAAAAUGGCUCCGAGACAGAUUACGAGCGCGAUCUUGACCUGUUCCACAACAGUGUUCUCUUACCACAAAAGUCGUUCCUGAGUCUCAUAUGGCAAUUGGCAACGUCCGUGUUGCGGCUCCUUUUCAAAAUAGCAGGUACUAGUAUAUAUGAACCACAAUGUCUUUUAUUCAUCACGAGCUGUCAGAAAUCCCUUUGCAGUUCAACUUCCAAAAGUACGAAGAUGAAAACAACUACUUCUUCGCUUAUAACUGCUGGAAAGACAACAACGCAACAAUAUUCCGAACAAGAAAAGCCAUACCCUUAUACCCGGAAGAGCAGAAUCCAGAGAGCUUGUGAGAAGUGCAAGCAAAAGAAGACCAGAUGUGAUGGAGCUUUACCUUGCAAGAAGUGCAAGGAGCACAAUUAUAUUUGUGUGACAACAAGACCGAGCACGACCAAGUACAAACAAGUACCUGCCGGCUACGCCGAAGCUUUGGAAAACUGUCAACUCACCUUAGUCAACACAAUCCAUGAACUCUACUCCAUGGUGAGAAAUGGAAAGUCGUGGGAUCUCGGCGAGCCGGAAAUCAAUGAUCAAGGCCAACCCCUUGUUCACAAUAUCGCCACUCUACUUGGAUGUGUUCGAUCCGGAUCUCCAAUGUCCGUUCACACUCCUUUACCCCAAGAUGAGACGGGCUUAGCCGAACUAGCAGCAGAACGGCAAGCUCGUCAAACAGAUCUACAAGUUGCUGGAGAAAUCCAGCAAGAGACAGAUGCAGCAUGUCGUCAGCACCCCAGCAAGCCCUUACAAACUCUUUUUCCACUUGUUUCUAGAGCGAAAGCGAGAUUCGAAAAGGGAACUCGUAAUAACUCAUGCAUUCAAGGAUGGAUGACAUGUUAAUGACUUUCUAUUGCAUGGCAGUAGUUCUGUUCACUGUCGGCAUCCUGUGGGAAAAAACAAUCUCGAUUCCAACUUACUACGGUGGUCCUUGCGCUUCUGGAACUGUACACAUGUACUUCUCCAAUGCAUAUAAGUUUCGAAGCAUACUCGACGGCGGCAGUAGUAUAUAUCCAAGUGUGAGUACGACCCGGGAGCUACAAACUAUUUACACCAACAUUAACAUAACGGUUCAGACUGUGUUCAAUUUCGAGUUCGUGUCGAAAACCGACCGUUUCAUAUACGAUGCUUUGCAAAUGAAGCCAGAUUCCGUUACCAUGGUUCCUUACAAGACUGUGGCUGGGGACUUCUUAGUCUACACAGUGAACUCUCGUGCACUUCUUG